GUUCUGGUGCUGGAGCUGCCGCUGGGGCAGAGGCGGCUGGGACCGGAAUCGGGAGGAAGCUUGACGAGGUGGAGAAGAUCGUGGCACAGACGCCGAUGCCCACGGCGACGCAGGUCGAGACCAAGGCCGAGGCCGAAGCUGAGGCCGAGGGGAAGAAAGGCGGCAAGUUCCGGCAGCUUUGGACAAAGUAUGGCAUGGUGGGUAUCACCACGUAUCUCGGUGUGUACGUGGUGACUCUCUCGGGUCUGUACAUGGGAGUCAAGACCGGAGAAAUUGUCCCGGGCGAUGUGACCUCGCUGGUCAAGGACUACCACCUGGACGCGCUCCAUCUCCCGGGCAUGUCGUCGACGGAUCUCAAGGUGACCAAGUCGACAGGCGACUUUAUGCUGGCAUGGGUGGCGACCAAGCUCACAGAGCCACUUCGACUCGCGGUCACGCUCGCCAUCACGCCGUCGAUCUCUCGCCAGCUUGCUGCCUUUCGACGCGCUCGGCGCGCUGACGCUGACAACGAGGAGAACAAGGUUGAUGACAACGCCAAACAGUAAAAGACUGGAGAGGA